GACAGGAGGAAAGCGCAGCGCCAGCAGCAUCUCUUCUACCUUCCUAGACACCUCCACUUCGCUACUCCAGAGCUGGAAGUCAGGCUUGCAACCAGCAGGCGGACUCACGUCCUUUCCUUUCCUCUUCCAAGAGCCACCCAACUCCCGGCUGCGCUCCUCCAGCCCCUGCGGCCAGCGCUCGGCGGACAUCCGCCCCCUGAGGCUGCCGCGCGGUGCAGCGUCGAGCAUCCUCGCCGAGUUCCUUUCUGCUCUCUGUCCGUCUUCCGCCCUCUCCAUCACACCUGCUGCCCCUCUUUGCCUCUCUUCCGCAGAAUCGUCAAGCCCCCAGCUCUCGCCGGCGUCUCUUUAGCCACCUCGCCUUUCCCAGCCCCCGCACAUUCCCAAGCGCCCGGUCUCCCCCGCUGCCAUGAGCUCCCCCAUCGGCAAGAGCCGCUCCCUUGCCGCCUUCCUACAGGAGCUGCGCAGCCUGGGGCAGCCCCCCAGACCCGUGACAUCUACGGCGUGCGCGCCCCGUCGGCCGCGGGAGGUGCCCCUCUGCCCCAUGAUGGAACAGGGCGAGGCGCAAGACGCGGCCGCCCUGCCCGGUCCCACCAAGUGGCCACUGCUGGGCAGUCUGCUGGAGAUUCUCUGGAAAGGAGGGCUCAAGAAACAGCACGACACGCUGGCGGAGUACCACGAGAAAUAUGGCAAGAUUUUCCGCAUGAAGUUGGGUUCCUUCGACUCGGUGCACUUGGGCUCGCCGUGUCUGCUGGAAGCGCUCUACCGCACGGAGAGCGCGUACCCCCAGCGGCUGGAGAUCAAACCGUGGAAGGCCUAUCGCGACUAUCGCGAGGAGGGCUACGGACUGCUGAUCUUGGAAGGAGAAGACUGGCAGAGGGUCAGGAGUGCCUUUCAAAAGAAACUAAUGAAACCAGUGGAAAUUAUGAAGCUGGACAACAAAAUCAAUGAGGUCUUGGCUGAUUUUACAGGUGGAAUAAGCGAGCUCUGUGAUGAGCGAGGCUGCAUUGAAGACUUGUACAGCGAGCUGAACAAAUGGUCAUUUGAAAGCAUCUGCCUUGUGCUAUAUGAGAAGAGAUUUGGGCUCCUUCAGAAGAACGCAGGCGAUGAAGCUUUGAACUUCAUCAUGGCCAUCAAAACAAUGAUGAGCACGUUUGGGAGAAUGAUGGUCACGCCAGUCGAGCUGCACAAGAGCCUCAACACCAAGGUCUGGCAGGCGCACACUCUGGCCUGGGACACCAUUUUCAAAUCGGUCAAAUCUUGUGUCGACAACCAGUUAGAGAAAUAUUCUGAGCAGCCCAGCAUGGAUUUCAUUAGUGAUAUUUAUCACCACAAUCAGCUUUCAAAGAAAGAAUUGUAUGCGGCUGUGACGGAGCUCCAGCUGGCUGCAGUGGAAACGACAGCAAACAGCUUAAUGUGGAUUCUCUACAAUUUAUCUCGUAAUCCCCACGUGCAACAAAAGCUUCUUAAGGAAAUUCAGAGUGUACUGCCUGAGAAUCAGAUGCCACGGGCAGAGGAUUUGAGGAAUAUGCCAUAUUUAAAAGCCUGUCUGAAAGAAUCUAUGCGGCUUACCCCGAGUGUGCCAUUUACAACUCGGACUCUUGACAAAGCAAUGGUUCUGGGGGAAUAUGCUUUACCCAAAGGAACAGUAUUGAUGCUAAAUACCCAUGUGUUGGGGUCCAAUGAAGAAAAUUUUGAGGAUUCAAGUCAGUUUAGACCCGAACGAUGGCUUCAAGAGAAGAAAAAGAUCAACCCUUUUGCCCAUCUUCCAUUUGGCAUUGGGAAAAGAAUGUGCAUUGGUCGCCGAUUAGCUGAGCUCCAGCUCCACUUGGCUCUCUGCUGGAUCGUCCGCAAAUAUGACAUCGUGGCCACAGACAAGGAGCCUGUGGAGAUGCUGCACUUGGGCAUCCUGGUACCCAGCCGACAGCUCCCCAUUGCUUUCUACCAGAGAUAGGAGGCCUCAG